AUGGAAAUGACUGAAGGCAAGAUUAUUCCUGCAGGCAAAUCAGGCCAACUCCUGGAAAAAAUCUGGCACCUCAACUUGCUAGCAAGUGAUGCGCUUCUGAAAAGUGAUCUGGAUAAUGAAGGUACAGUGCAGCAUGUGGUUACACUGAUCUCUUUAACAAAAGACCUGAGCAGAUCUCUCAGCCAGCAGCUGGAGAAUGUCGUCGAAAGUAUUCAAGACACCUACCACUUGUUGAGUGCUCUCCAUGACAAAUACAAAGAAUUGACUGCAAGUCCAGAGUACAAUCGAAUUAUGGAUUGUAUGCAGAACAUGAAGGUUUGUUUAAUAAAUACAGUCUCACACCUCCAAGAAGCAGAAAAUAAACUUUAUGCUGCUAGCUGCAAACAAGAUUAUGUUUCUCAGAUCCAGAAUGUUCAAAAUGCUUCUAGAGAAACAAAUGUGUGUUGUUCUGAAGGUAAAGCAAUAGAGUCUGUGCAAGCAUCUUCUAGUCCCAAUCAGCAAUCACGAAGAUCUUCCCUGAAUGAGACGGAAAGUCAGAAUCUUAAUAAAACCCAGCCAAGGGAAACUAAAACUGUGGGAAAAUAUGUUCCAUCAUUAGCUGAAAGUAUAUCUGCUCAAGAACAGGAUAUUAGCGGAGAACCUCCAAUGAAAAAGGAAGAUGGUGAACACAGAUUACUAAAGAAAUCUCUUACAGAGAAAAAAGAUUUCAAUGAAAAGGAUAAACCUCAUGGAGGUAGUGCUGUUACUGAAAAGUCUCCAGAACAGGCUUUUCAAGAUGCUCUUCUUAUAAGCAGUUCAGAAGGCAUGCUAUCUGGGACACUGAAAGACAGUUAUGACGAAACUGCCGCGAAUCUUUUUGAACAGAAAAAAAAGGCAAUAGUCAAAGAAACUUCAAAAGGGAUCAAAAAUGGAGAACAUAGACUGACAGAGCAAAUGGAAGACAGUAAAACUGAAACAAAUAAUGAGAUUUGUAGAAAUGACCCAAUUAACUUCACAUCUUCAACACAAACAUGUAAUCUUACUGCUGUGAAUCCUUCCAUGAGUGAUUCAGAAAUACAAAAAUCCAGGCACUGGAUGAGCAAAGAAUUUCUUGUGGAAGAGAGUGGAACGAACAAACAUGUAGUAGCUUGUUUUAUUAAAGCCCCUGCAACUGCUCUGGAGAAUCUGAAGUGUAAGAUAGUCAAUGAUACUAGUUCCUUGGUGGUGGAUGAUUCUGAGGAGCUGGUCAGCAAUGUCAUCAGUGUUGAAUGCUGUGAUUAUGAGAAAAUCUCUUUCCCUAUAAACGUUGCAAUCCCAUUUACUUCAUGCUUCAGAGGAAAUUAUCGGGAGAUUAUGGUGAAGGUGACUGAUGUGAACUUUCAGUCAAACUACUUAACUCCUGUUUCUUUGGAGAGAUAUCAAGAAAAACAUAAGGAAACCUUUGCGGAAGUGAAAAUUUAUCAGCUGGGUGUUUUUUCUGUGUUGUCAUGCUUAAAGAAAGAAACAUUUACUGUUCCAAAGGAGGGACUCUCACAAAAGCUGAAUGUGGAUUCUAGAAUCUCUUUCUGUUACCAUCCAGAAACAUUCAGUUCUCCAGCACCCAUGCAGUUAAAGAUUCAGCCAAUUGAGUCAUCAUUGAUUUCGACAUUGAAAGCAAGACAUGAUAUGUACCGCUCAGUGGUAGCUACUAGUGCACUGGUUUAUUUCCAGCAUCCUUCAGUCCAGCCAUUUAACAGCUCAGUCACUAUUACUCUUCCCUGUCCUCCAAACCCAGAAAAAAAGAGGCAAGGAGACAAGACAGAACAUGUGAGAGCCAUUAGUGCUACAGUAAAGAGGGUUGCUACAGCAUACCAUCCUCGGACUGUGAGCGCUUCUGUGAGAAAAAGUGGAGAGAAUCUCAGUGAUACUUUGAAAUUAUUAGGAUACAGAAACAAAGAAGAGGGGUGGAAGGUGUUUGCUGAUGUUAUUAUCCAGAAUGCACAGAAUGGGCUUGUAUCAUUUGAACUAAAUGAGCAUUUAGAAAGCUUUGUGGUCAUUCGCCUUUCAUUCCUCUUGGAAAACACGUAUCUCCUCCUCUUUGCUCAGGCUCUGGAAGAAGCUGUUUGUAAUACAAUGGCUAAUGUGAUUCUGUAUCGGAAACGAGAAAACCCAUGCAAAAUAGUAGUUUUGCUAUCUGCAUCCAAAGAAUUGACCUGUGAACUUCAAAAUCUUCAUGAGGAGGGCUAUUUUGGUCCCCCAGAACCUACGCAGCAGUUCCCACUAAAAGAAGGAGAUCAGAUUCAUUUUAGAUUUAGUGGAAAUAUUUUUGCUUCAGAGAAUGGAAAAGAUUUUGGAAAAGUCUACAGGCUGAUCUUUCAUUCACAAAGAAAACCCAGGCUGGAACUCCAUAUUAAAGAAGUGAAUGAAUUUGGUAACCACAGUUCACCUCAUUACAAAGGAACAGCAGUGUUUUAUAAAAUUACCAGAGAGAUGAUAACCAAGAAUUGGGAACAACCCUUGCUGUAUGGUGAAUAUCAACACCAGUCUCCACUGUGUAAAUUAGCACUAACGUUACCAAAGCAUGAGAAGUUCAUCAACCGCCCACAAAGCAUGAAAAUAAUUUCUUCUGAUUCAUCAGAGGCCCUAUGGGACAACCUCCUAUACUGGCUUGCAGAAGAGCUUGCAGAAGAUAAUACAUCAUUGCUUGCUUUAUGCUUACCUGUUCGGCGGAGCGUACUUCAGCUUGUUAGGCUGAAGUGCCCUGAUAAUUUAACACACCAGAUCUAUGAGCUGCUUUGCAGCUGGAAAAAGACCCUUCCAAGGUCAGCUAAUAAACAGCAGCUCCUGUCUCGCUAUUUGCGGAAGAGUGGCAGAAAUGAUCUUUCAGAAGAACUUCGUUUUAAGUGGCAAAAUAAAGUGUUCACUUGA